AUGCAUAAGUGUGUCAAUGAAAGCGUCACACAAAUCGCUUCUCUUGAUUUUUCUGAAAACACAGAGGGUACUUCAGAUCAUCAUGCUGAUGCAGCAAAUGUAGAGAUGGAGCCUGAAGAUGCUUCACCGGCCUUUGUAAGCGGAACACUUGAAUCGCACCACAUUGAGAAUGGGGCAUCCACACCAGGCAUUAGUGCUGAAACUCAGACAGAAGUGUUCGAUUAUCUCUUCCGGAAAACAAGCAAUCAUGAAUUACCUGAUGUGUAUGCUGAAACCCAAAUGCAGGCGUUUGAUUAUCUGUACAGGAAAUCAAGAGAUUCUGAAGCACCUGAUAGGGACGUGGAAACUGAGACAGAAGAGUUCAACUACUUCGUCCCAAAGAGAAGUGAAUAUGAAGCUCCAGACAAGGAGUUUUUCAAGUCAGAUGGAAGGGUGCGAUUUUACACAGGACUUCCGUCCUAUGAAGUUCUCAUAGUGAUGUUUGAACAGGUUGCACCUCACGUUAAUCGCCGCACUCAAGCCCUUAACAAAUUUCAAGAAUUUGUUACGGUGCUGAUGAAGCUGAGAUUAGAUAUGCUAUUUCAAGACCUGGCCUACAGAUUCACUGUAUCUAUUGCUAGAAUCUCACCUAUUUUCUCGGCUUGGAUGGUGGUGAUAGAUGCCAAGUUAUUUCCUCUUGUUUAUUGGCCAGAACGAGAACAGUUGUGGCAUACCAUGCCAAUGUCUUUUCAGUAUGCAUUCGGGAAAAAGGUCACCGUCAUCAUUGACUGUUUUGAGGUUUUUAUUGAAAGGCCUACAAAUCUACUAGCCAGGGCUCAAACCUUUUUGUCUUACAAGCGCCACAACACUAUAAAAAUUCUUAUAGGAAUUACCCCUCAAGGAAGCAUAUGCUAUGUAUCUGAAACUUGGGGAGGCUGCACAUCUGACAAGUUCCUUACAGAGAACUGUGGAUUUUUAGAACAUUUGUUACCUGGGGAUAUGGUGAUGGCAGACAGGGGGUUUACUAUUACAGAGUGUUGGCCUAAAGCAAGCAACAUUGGUUAUUCCGGCAUUCACCAAAGGAAAAUCCCAACUAGACCCAGCUGA